AUGCCCAAAGAAAAAUACGAGCCUCCUGACCCUAGGAGGAUGUACACAAUUAUGUCCUCUGAAGAAGCAGCAAAUGGAAAGAAAUCACAUUGGGCAGAGCUUGAAAUAAGUGGAAAAGUAAGAAGCUUAAGCUCAUCUUUGUGGUCACUAACUCACUUGACAGCUUUGCAUCUGAGUGACAAUUCCCUGUCCCGCAUUCCUUCAGACAUUGCCAAGCUUCACAAUCUGGUGUAUCUGGACCUGUCCUCUAAUAAAAUCCGGAGUUUACCGGCAGAACUCGGAAACAUGGUAUCACUCAGGGAACUCCAUUUAAAUAACAACCUGUUACGAGUUCUACCUUUUGAGCUGGGAAAACUGUUUCAGUUGCAGACUUUAGGCCUGAAAGGAAAUCCACUUACCCAGGAUAUAUUGAACCUCUAUCUGGAACCAGAUGGAACAAGAAGGCUACUGAACUAUUUGCUUGAUAAUUUGGCAGGUACUGCAAAAAGAAUUUCAACAGAACAGCCACCUCCAAGAUCUUGGAUUAUGUUACAAGAACCGGACAGAACAAGGCCAACUGCCUUGUUUUCUGUCAUGUGCUAUAAUGUUCUUUGUGAUAAAUAUGCGACCCGGCAGUUAUACGGCUACUGUCCAUCUUGGGCACUAAAUUGGGACUACAGGAAAAAGGCCAUUAUUCAAGAAAUUUUGAACUGCAAUGCUGAUAUCAUAAGUCUUCAGGAGGUUGAAACAGAACAGUAUUACAGUUUUUUUCUGGUAGAACUGAAAGAACGUGGCUAUAAUGGAUUCUUUAGUCCUAAAUCUAGAGCUAGGACAAUGUCAGAACAAGAAAGAAAACAUGUCGAUGGCUGUGCAAUAUUCUUCAAGACGGAAAAAUUUACUUUGGUUCAGAAACACACUGUUGAAUUUAAUCAGCUAGCAAUGGCAAAUUCAGAAGGGUCUGAAGCCAUGCUGAACAGAGUCAUGACAAAAGAUAACAUUGGAGUUGCAGUACUGCUAGAACUUCGAAAGGAAUUGAUUGAAAUGUCAUCUGGAAAGCCCCAUCUUGGAACAGAAAAACAACUUAUUCUUGUGGCUAAUGCUCAUAUGCAUUGGGACCCUGAAUACUCUGAUGUGAAGUUGGUUCAAACUAUGAUGUUCCUCUCAGAAGUGAAGAACAUUAUUGAUAAAGCCUCACGAAACCUCCAGUCCAGUGUAUUGGGAGAAUUUGGAACUAUUCCACUGGUGUUAUGUGCAGAUCUUAAUUCUUUGCCAGAUUCUGGUGUUGUGGAAUACUUGAGUACCGGUGGAGUAGAAACAAAUCAUAAAGAUUUUAAGGAACUGAGAUAUAAUGAGAGUCUUACAAACUUCAGCUGUAAUGGGAAAAACGGGACAACCAAUGGAAGGAUCACUCAUGGUUUCAAGUUGAAGAGUGCCUACGAGAGCGGCCUGAUGCCUUACACAAAUUACACGUUCGAUUUCAAGGGUAUAAUUGACUACAUCUUCUAUUCUAAACCUCAGCUGAACACUUUAGGCAUCCUGGGACCUCUGGACCACCACUGGCUAGUUGAGAAUAACAUCAGCGGCUGCCCACAUCCACUCAUCCCCUCCGACCACUUCUCACUUUUUGCACAACUGGAGCUCUUACUGCCUUUCCUGCCCCAAGUCAACGGCAUUCACCUCCCUGGCAGGAGGUAG